AAUUCUCUGGUUUUGUGGUGAACACAAGUUUUGUACUUUUGGCGCCUUAACUACAAACAACCAGCUUCUACAAUCAAACCCAAUGAUAUAAAGCAGAAACAGAAACUGCUUCCCAUUCCCCAUUCCUCAUCAUCAUUGAGCCAAAACAUGCUUAACAUUUUCCUCACCAAGUCUGAACCUUUCAUUCAUUUUCUCUUUCUUUGAAAUGGAAAAUUCCCAAUUCAAACCCAAAACCCUAAAUCUAGACUCCACCCACUUGUUCCUCUCCGCUCUCCAAUCCCUCCAACUCCCACCGCAAACCUCCUCCUCCACCACCACCACCGCCAUUCCACACUCCAAACUCAUCCCCAACACCCGCUUCCUCGUCGACGCCUUCCGCCACGGCAGCAGCGGCGGUGGUGGCUCCUUCUCCGUCGCCUACUUUCUCUCCCACUUCCACUCCGACCACUACGCCGGCCUCUCCCCUUCCUGGUCCCACGGCGUUGUCUUUUGCUCCCCCACCACCGCAGAACUCCUCCUCCACGUCCUCCGCGUCCCCUCCCCCUUCGUCCACCCUCUCCCCCUCAACCAACCCGUUUGUAUUGAUGGUUCCGUGGUCACCCUCAUUGACGCCAACCACUGCCCUGGUGCUGUCCAGUUCCUCUUCGAGGUCCCCGCUCCCGACGGAACCUGCCGCAGGUAUGUUCACACGGGAGAUUUCCGGUUUUGUCGUUCGAUGUUGGCUGAGCCUGCGCUUGCUCCUUUUGUUGGUGCCGAUGCUGUGUUUUUGGACACCACUUACUGUCACCCGAAGUUUGUGUUUCCUGCACAAGAGGAGUCUGUUGAUUAUGUUGUUAAUGUUGUGGGUGAGUGUGACGGUGAUGAUGUCUUGUUUCUGGUUGCUACUUAUGUUGUUGGGAAGGAGAGGAUUUUGCUUGAGCUUGCGCGAAGAUUUAACAAGAAGGUGCUGGUGGAUGCUAGGAAAAUGGAGGUUUUGCGAGUUCUUGGGUAUGGGGAAAGUAGUGAAUUUACUGAGGAUGGAUUGGAGACUAACAUUCAUGUUGUUGGGUGGAAUGUGUUGGGGGAAACUUGGCCCUAUUUUAGGCCCAACUUUGUUAAAAUGAAGGAGAUUAUGACCGAGAGAGGGUACUCAAAGGUUGUGGGUUUUGUGCCAACCGGAUGGACCUAUGAAGUGAAACGCAGUCGGUUUGCUGUCAAGUCCAAGGAUUCGUGUCAGAUUCAUCUCGUUCCUUAUAGUGAGCAUUCAAACUAUGAAGAGCUCAGGGAAUAUGUAAAGUUUCUGAAACCGAAGCAGGUUAUUCCCACCGUGGGUUUAGAUGUCGAGAAAAGUGAUAGCAAACACGCUAACAAAAUGAGGAAGUAUUUUGCUGGAUUAGUUGAUGAGACAGCCAACAAGCAGGAGUUUUUAAAAGGUUUUCGUCGUGGCACCAGUGAAGUGGGUUUAAAGGGUGAGAAGGAUGUUAGCGACGUUCUGGAACAAGGACAGAUCCAGGAGAAAGAAGUCAAGCCAUCUGAUGCAGAUGGGGAAACGUGUGCAAAAGAUCCUACUUUACUAAAUGAUGAAGAAAAAGAGAAAAUCAUUCAAGAACUUAGUUGUUGUUUGCCCUCAUGGGUCACUCGAAGCCAGGUGUUAGAUCUGAUCAGUAUCUCAGGGAGCAAUAUUGUUGAAGCUGUUUCUAAUUUCUAUGAACGUGAAACUGAAUUUCAUGAUCAAGUAAAUUCUAGUCAAACUUCAGUUUCAACAUCCAAGUGCUGCUCAUCAGAUGACACUGAUUCACUUCCAAAGUCAUGCCUUAAUACAAACAGUACUCCCUUAAAUGUUGACAUUUUUCCUAGUCAAGACUCUAAAUUAACUAAACUGAGGAAUACAGUACCAAGUCGCAUUUCCCCUGCCAAAAGAAAAAGUAGUGAAAGUAAGCCAAACAAGAAAGUAAAAGUCAAAGCAAAAUCAGAAUCAAGUGGUUCAAAGCAGUCAACUAUAACAAGAUUCUUCGGCAAAGUAACGCCUGAGGUGCCUGGUGGGACUCAUUCUGAUCAUGCUGGGUCAAAGCUUGAUGAAAGUCCUAAAGUUGAAGAGUUGUUGCAAUCUGAUGUUGAAAAAUUGUACAAGGAUGAGAUUGAUCAGUUUAUGCAAAUAAUAAAUGGAAACGAGUCUUUAAAAAGAGAUGCCAUCACUAUAAUUAAAAAGGCAAAAGGAGAUGUCAAUAAGGCCUUAGACAUAUAUUACUGCAAUUCUGGCCAUCUUGGUGAAAAUGAAAUAUCAGCUCAAGAGGAGUGCAAAAUCGACAGACCUUUAGAAAAGAAGUAUGUGUCACAGGAAAUGAGAGUUGUACAUGAUAUUUCUGUGCAGAAAGUGUUAAGAAAUAGUGUAGAUGCAACUCAUUUAUCUUUACCACCUGAGAAAUACAACCCUAAGGAACAUGCUUGUUGGGGAGAUGGACAGCCUGCGCCAUAUUUACAUCUUGCACGAACCUUCAAUCUGCUUGAGGAGGAGAAAGGAAAGAUAAAAGCUACUUCAAUGUUGUGCAAUAUGUUUAGAAGUUUGUUGGCCUUGUCACCAGCAGAUGUGCUUCCUGCUGUGUAUCUAUGUACAAACAAAAUUGCUGCAGACCAUGAAAAUGUGGAACUAAAUAUUGGUAGAAGUUUAGUCACUACAGCACUUGAAGAAGCAUGUGGAACAAAUCGAUUGAAAAUAGGGGAGAUGUAUAACAAAUUUGGUGACCUUGGUGAUGUGGCUCAAGAGUGUCGUCAAACACAGAGAUUGCUUGCACCACCUACACCACUUCUAAUUAAGGAAGUUUUCUCUGCACUACGAAAGAUGAGUGUACAAACAGGCAAUGGAAGCACAGUUCGGAAGAAAGGCAUCAUCGUUCAUCUCAUGCGGUCUUGCCGGGAGAAGGAGAUGAAGUUUCUUGUUCGGACAUUGGUCAGGAACUUACGGAUUGGGGCAAUGCUUAGAACUGUUUUGCCUGCAUUGGCUCAUGCUGUUGUUAUGAAUUCUCGUUCUACUGUGGAUCAAGAAGGAACUGCAGAUAAUUUGAAGAAUAAACUUCAGGUCCUUUCUGUGGAAGUUGUUGAAGCAUAUAAUAUUCUGCCAAGUUUGGAUAUCAUAGUCCCAUCUCUCAUGAGCAAAGGCAUUGAUUUUUCGGUUUCAAGUUUAUCAAUGGUUCCAGGAAUCCCUAUUAAGCCUAUGCUUGCAAAGAUCACCAAUGGCAUUCCCCAAGCAUUGAAGCUAUUUCAAAAUAAAGCAUUUACAUGUGAAUAUAAGUAUGAUGGUCAGCGAGCUCAUAUCCACAGAUUAGUUGAUGGUUCAAUUCGUGUCUUUUCAAGAAAUGGAAAUGAAUCAACUUCUAGAUUUCCUGAUCUGAUUGACAUAAUUAAGCACUCCUGCAAGCCUGUUGCAUCAACUUUCAUAAUUGAUGCAGAGGUUGUUGGUAUUGAUAGAAAAAACGGAAACAGAAUUAUGUCUUUUCAGGAGCUAUCUUCACGUGGGAGAGGAAGCAAAGAUACUUUAGUUACUGCAGAGAGCAUAAAGGUUGGCAUUUGCGUCUUUGUCUUUGAUAUCAUGUUCGCAAAUGGAGAGCAGUUAUUGGGUUCUCCUCUCCGCCUAAGACGAAAGUAUCUGAAGGAUUUGUUCUUGGAUGAAAAGCCUGGGUAUUUCGAAUAUGCGAAAGAAAUAACUAUUGAAGCAGAUGAUGCUUGCUUAACAUCUGAAGCCACAUUAACUAAGAUAAAUGCUUUCCUGGAAGAUGCACUUCGCUCUUCUAGUGAAGGAAUUAUGGUGAAAACACUGGACGAUGAUGCUGGGUAUUCUCCAUCAAAGCGUUCUGAUAGAUGGUUAAAGGUCAAGCGAGAUUAUGUGGAAGGAUUAAAUGAUACUCUUGAUUUAGUGCCAAUUGGUGCUUGGCAUGGGAAUGGAAGGAAAGCUGGAUGGUAUAGUCCAUUUCUUAUGGCAUGUUUCAAUCCUGAAACUGAGGAGUAUCAAAGUGUAUGUCGCGUGAUGUCGGGGUUCUCAGAUUCAUUUUACAUAGAGAUGAAAGAAUUCUUCUCUGGAGACAGAGUCUUACUAAAAAAACCACCAUAUUAUCAAACAGGAGAGACACCUGACAUGUGGUUUUGUCCAGAACUUGUUUGGGAAAUAAGAGGUGCAGACUUCACAGUAUCCCCAGUUCAUCAUGCUGCCAUGGGUUUAGUUCAUCCAUCUCGAGGCAUCUCUAUCAGAUUUCCAAGAUUUAUUGGCUCUGUGUCAGAUAGAAAUCCAGAAGAAUGUAGCACAGCUUCUGAUAUAGUUGAAAUGUUUCAUUCUCAGACUCGGAAGAUGGAUGUCACAGCUGAUAGUUGAAUGUUGAUUUAUUUUCUGUGUAUGAGUUUACUGAAGAUGUUUUAAUAGUUUGUGUGUACAGUCUAUUGUUCUUAACAUAGUAUCCCUUUUUGGCUUGUAGGCUUCAUAGAUAUGUAGCUUUGUAAUAUGGGUUUUGUUUCUCCCAUAUAUAACUUCAAUGCUCUUUUUAAAAAUCCAUUUAAUUAAAAAGGUUGCAUUUUAAUUCA